AUGGCAACAUAUUUUAAUUAUAUUUCACCAUAUAAUUGUAAAACUUUCAACCUUGAGAACGAACUUCGACAAUCUGAAGAAUUAAUUAAUCGAAUUCACCUUUGGCAAAAAAGCAUUCAUUUCUUUUAUUUUAUCCCAAAAUUAAUUAGGAGUUACGUACCUCCUUUUAAUUUUCAACAAUCAAAAUAUUUAAAGAACAUAGAAUGGUUAGAUAAAUAUUUAACUAAUAUAGUAAGAGACAGAAGAAAGGAAAUUGAGAAUACACCCAAAGACGAAAUGCUAAGCUCAGAUAUCUUAACAUUAUUUAUAUGUGCUAAUACAGAAAGAAGCAUACGAAUUGAUAAAGUAAAUAAUCAUUCAAAACCUAUGGCUGAUGAUGAGACCAUGCAACUUAUGCUCGAAUCUAUAACUGGAGCAAAAUACAAGGUUUAUGAAGAAAUAGAUCGAAUCUUCUGUGAUGAUAAAACUCGUCCCAUAACUUACGAUGAUAUUAUUAAAAUGACUUAUACUGAAGAUUGUAUUAAAGAAUCUUUACGCAUCAUCCCUAUAGCACCAAUUCUUUAUAAGAGCUCAAUUAAAGAAGAUACAAUCGGUGGUCUUGAUUGGAAAGCUGAUCCAGAAUCAUUCAUACCCGAUAGAUUCCUUAAUUGCAAAAAAGGUGAAGAAAAUAGUUAUAUGCCAUUUGGUGGAGGAGUUAGAAUAUGCCCAGGACGUCAUAUGGGAAUGACUAAUGUUAAAACCUUAAUGGUAUUAAUAUUUAGAAAAUAUGAUAUUGAAUUGGGUGAAUCCGGAGAGCCAUUUAAAAAAUUUUUUAAUUUUGAUAAUAGGUGUGAUAAAUUAAUUAUUUCACUUCAUUUGAGGAAAAGUACCGUUUUGAAUUAA